GUUGGCAGUGUGGUUAAGGUUAGGUUUAAAAUCACAUUUUAAAAAUAUACAUUUUAGAAAUAGGGAUGGUUUUUUACUUAGUGGCUGUGGUAACUAGUGACGACCAUGUUGUGGUUUUGAAUGAGGAAGAAGCGGGAGAGGUUAGAGGUUAUCGUUUAAUGAGUUAUUUUUUAUUUGAAGUACCACAUUGAGUUACUUUGGACUUCUUUGUUAUUUAAGAAAUAUACAUGGCAUUGUCGAAUGUGAUAGUAGUGAUUGAAAUCCUAGUCGCUACAGCCACAUAACCAGGAUUGUUAGCUAGCUAGUUUAGCUAACCACAAGCUAGCUAAUUUCAAGGGACGGAGAACGGUAACUUGAUAGCUAGCUGGUUAGCAGUGUUGUUUAGCUAACUAGCAACGAUUUACUUUCCCCGGUCGAAUGACGUUGGGUGGCUUUAUGUGCUUUUUCCUGCGCUGGCAGGCGGGUUGGAAGCAACCAUAGCGAUACACAUUUUCGCGGGCGGGAGGUUUUAAACUUCUCUAAACAUGUUCAAUAAAUUUUAUGAAUUAAUUGGAACGGGUUUCGCUAAUCUCCGCAAUGGAGUACCAGCUCCCGACCAACAAGAUAAUGAUACACACGGAGUACAACAAGGUGGUCGGAUAAGGACAAAAAGACCCAUCGACUGUUUGGAGGAUGGUGACCAAGAUGACCAGGCACUGGCAGUGAAGAGAUUUCGGAUGGGGGUCUUCAUUGACACAGUGAAGACUGCAGCUGAAGGGGUGAAGAGCCAUAGCUCCAACGUGGCAUCCUGGGUACGGAAUAGUGUGACUCCUACCUUGAGGAACAUACUGCCCACUUCCCCAGACCCCCCUCCGGAAGAACACUUUCAUGAAGAGCCAGCAAAAGAGCUUCAGCCUGAACCCUCAACUUCUGCACCUCGUCCCUCAUCUGUCUGGGAAGAGACUGAGGUCCUUGAGGUGAGGUACUCUGAUCCCCUGGAUGGGAUGUGUGUCGCUCCCCUGACAACUCUGGAAUGGAGAAACUCUAAAUCAGAGUCCUUUAGAAUUGAGAAGACGAUGAUAGGAUCGAAGGUUUGCAGACGGCAAGUGUGCAUGGCUCUCACACAUCGUGAUGCGCCCAAAACAAAUGGGCACUCUGUCAGUCUGCCUCAUUCCUCCAGCAGUACCCCUAAGCCAUGUCCCUCUACCCGUCUGGGCAGGAGCCACCUCAGAACACCUGCAUCAACAAGCCAGUUGAGCUCAGCAGGAUGCAGCUCUUUCACCAGCAUGUAUGAGAAGUCCUUCCCCAUCCGCGUUGUGCAGAGUCCUUCACAUGGCAGCCCUUCCAACCGCCUCCUCAGAGCCGGGGCUCGCUGCACCGCGCAAGAGUCUGUCUGUGAGGAGGAGAAGAUUGUGUACAGACAGCUGCUGGCCAUGGUCUCAGGUGGCCAGUCCUUGUCGUUCCACAACGGCAGCCCCCAUGGCUUUCCGCGCUCACACAGAGACUUCACCAGCUUCCUGAGCACCAGCAGGCAUCUGCUCCAGUGUUCGUCCCCUACGGGGGCAGGAGAUGCCUCCGAGGGCCCCAGUGAACCCUCAAGCCCCCGUCCAGAGUUCAGCCAGGGCUACAGCAACGUCCCCAGCCCAGGGAAGGGCUCCUCCAGUGGGGCAGGGAACCACACCUGGGCCCCCGACUCAGACCUCAGCCCCAGGGGACCAGAGACACUACAGUCUGCCCUCUCUCCAGCUACCCUACAAGACACCUCUUCUCAGGACACACAAUCAUCAGUGCAUGAUGGGGACUCCGUAAUCAUUGUGAAAGAGCAGAAGGGCAAAAAGCCAUGCAGUUCAAGUGUGCCAUGCUUCCAAGCUGAACUCUGGAUCAAGGAAUUGACGAGCAUGUAUGACUCUCGUGCCCGGGAGAGACGGAGGCAGAUCGAGGAGCAGGAGGCCCUAGCUGCUCAGCUGCUGAGACAGCGUCUGUCAGAUGACAGCCAGCUGGGCAACAGGUCCGUGGAGCUGCAUGUCAGAGUCCCUCUGGAGAAGGAGGUUCCUCUGGCUCCUCUUGUCGAGGGACCCAAACCCGCCGACGAGUUCCCUGAGCUCACCGAGGAUAUGGAGGGGGAGGUGUGCCGGGCGCUGAGGGGAGGCAGCCAGGACGAGAUGCUGAGUGAAGGAUUCAGACUCACCAUCACACGCAAAGACCUCCAGACACUCAGCCACCUCAACUGGCUCAACGACGAGGUGAUCAACUUCUACAUGAACCUGCUAGUGGAGCGCGGGAAGGAUCCCGGCCUGCCGACGGUCCACACCUUCAACACCUUCUUCUUCCCCAAGCUCCGCGGCGCAGGCUACUCUGCCGUACGCCGCUGGACCAAAAAGAUGGACAUCUUCUCAGUGGACGUCAUACUGGUGCCCGUCCACCUCGGGGUGCACUGGUGCCUCUCUGUGGUGGAUCUCCGUAAGAAGACUGUCACGUACUUUGAUUCAAUGGGAGGGAACAAUGACGAAGCCUGCAGGAUAUUGUUGCAAUACCUGCAGCAGGAAAGCAAGGACAAGAAGGGCAAAGACCUGGAUACGUCAGAAUGGACUCUGCAAAGCAAGAAACGCAAUGAGAUUCCUCAGCAGAUGAAUGGAAGUGACUGUGGAAUGUUCACCUGCAAAUAUGCUGAGUACAUCACCAAAGACAAGCCAAUCACAUUUACACAAAAACACAUGCCCUACUUCAGGAGACGCAUGGUCUGGGAGAUAUUGAAUCGGAAACUAUUGUGAUGAAAUUGGGAAGAGAUUUCUGAACAGGCCAAGAGCGAGGAAGUGUCUGAAAUGACGACGGUGCCCAUGACGCUGUGGCUGUUCCAUUACAGGAGGAUACAUUUAUUGCAACCACAACCUCCUGUGUAUUAGCAAGCAAAGGUCUCUCUUUCAAUUGGGGGGUUGUUCUCAUUUACAAAUGAUUACUCUGAAAUGUUCCCGUCAGAGCCUCCCGUCUAGUGAAGUUGGGCCAACCAGUGCAACUGCUUAUAUUUUUGUCACUGGAUAUUUUUGUAAACUACUCAGAAGUAUAGUUCGACGAGAGCUUGGUGACGUGAUGACUGUUAACACCUUUUAUUUUUCUAGUCUAUGGUCAACACCCCUUACUUGGUUCAAUAAACUGGUUAAAUGAGAGAACAGAGUUCGAGAUGCAGUGACAUUCUUUGCUUUAUAUCGGGAAACCCACAUUUGAUAGUGGUUUUUAGCUAAAUGGAAAAUAUAUGCAACUGACCUCAGAAUAUAAUUUGUAAAAGGGUAGGCCUAGAUAUGGCAGUGGUGUGUUUCCAUACAUUGCUAUUGUGUGGUACUUGAGUUGACACGAGUAUCCUCAUUGGUUAAUUGGACCCUAUCAACAGAUAAGCAGCCGUGAUGCUUCCUUGACCAAGAGACCUGUUAUUCCAAGACUAAAUUGUGUAACCUGAAAUUUAAAGUCUAUUUUGUUUUAAUAAGCAAAGCAACAAACAAAAAAACCUUUAGUGCAUUUUUCUCUGGAUAUUUUCAACAUGUGUAUAUACUGAUGAGUAUACAGUUUCUUGGAUAAUGUAUUUAAUAUACAUUUUGUACCUUUUUAUUAUCUGUUUUGUAUCUAGAACAAAGUCUUUUUAGAAAUAAAUUCCUCAAGUAUGUGUG